UUCUACCAUUUUGUUUUUGUAACAAGAGAACAAAAGAUUAUAACCAAAUACAAACGUCACAAAAUAUGUCCUAUUCGAUCGCUUCACCACUUAAAAGGAAGUCUGAACCUCUUUCUUCUCCAUGCUUGAGAGUCUGUCCCCCUUUCCCCGCAUCUUCUAUAGCUCUCCAAGUAUUCGAUUCUUGCAUAGGCUGCUUUCUGUCACUCUCACUUUGUAUCAGCCAUAACCGAUGAUCCAUGUGGUCAAAUAAUUAGCGAGUCCUAUGUUUUCACUGCCUCUUAGAAACCACCUAUCCCACCAAGCCAUCAAACCCUCAUUUUAUUCACCUAAAACGUUCUACCAAUCCCACGCUUAUAGUCCAGUCCAAUCCAAUGCCACCAUGCCACCAAAACCUUCCUGACCAAAUGGCAAAUAUUCUGAAAAUUUUCUGUGUUGUUCUUCUUCUCCUCGCAAUCUUAGCUUCAUCCCAGGCGACUGAGCUCUUCUAUCCCGGAUUCAAACACGUGGGUUCCAAUCUAACCUUAUCCGGCGCGGCAGAGAUCGAAAAAACCGGCAUGUUAAAAUUAACCAACCGCACCAGCAGGCUGAUGGGUCAUGCUUUCUACACUUCACCAAUUCAGUUCAAGAACUUAUCCAACGGCAAAGCCUUCUCGUUUUCGACCUCAUUCGUCUUCACCAUCGUCCCCGAGUAUCCAAAGCUCGGUGGCCACGGCAUGGCCUUCACAAUCGCCCCCUCCAAAGACCUCAACUCUCUUCCAAGCCAAUACCUCGGUCUCCUCAAUCGCACUGAAAUCGGCAACUUCUCCACUCACAUCUUCGCAGUCGAGUUCGACACGGUUCAAGAUUUUGAGUUUGGUGAUAUCAACGAUAAUCAUGUUGGAAUCGACAUCAACAGCUUGAACUCAAAUGCCUCGGCUGCUGCAGCUUACUACAAAGACUCUGUUUCGAAACAGAGUCUUAAUCUCAAAUCUGGGAAACCAAUUCAAGCAUGGAUCGACUACGAUUCGGGUCGAAAUCUCAUGAACGUAACGAUUUCGCCAUCUUCUUCAAAGCCCAAAAUUCCAAUUCUUUCUUUCCAUGUGGAUCUUUCUCCGAUUCUUCAAGAAUUUAUGUACGUUGGGUUUUCGGCUUCGACCGGUCUGCUUGCUAGCUCCCAUUACGUAUCAGGGUGGAGCUUCAAGAUCGAUGGAGAAACCCGACUUCUUAACUUGGGUUCUCUUCCUUCUCUUCCAAAACCAAAGAAAAAUCACACAUCUUUAAUGAUCGGAGUCUUGGUUUCCACCAUAGCUCUCGCUCUGUCUGCAAUCUCUGUUUCAAUUUACAUUUUCAUGAAGAAACUCAAGAAUUCCGAUCCGGUAGAGUCAUGGGAGCUGGAGCUGGGCCCACAUAGAUACUCCUACCAAGAAUUGAAGCAAGCCACGAAAGGGUUCCGUGACAAAGAGCUGCUCGGGCAAGGCGGGUUCGGGCAAGUGUUCAAAGGCACGCUCCCAAACACGAAAACACAAGUCGCAGUUAAGCGAAUCUCGAACGAUUCGAAGCAGGGCUUGCAGGAAUUCGUGUCGGAAAUCGCCAGCAUUGGGCGUCUCCGCCACAGAAACCUGGUUCAGUUGCUGGGUUGGUGCCGGCGGAGAGGCGACCUUCUUCUAGUUUACGAUUUCAUGGAAAAUGGUAGCCUCGACAAUGCCUUGUUCGACCAGCCAAAAACCGUGCUGAGCUGGGAACAGAGGUUUAAGAUCAUCAAAGGGGUUGCUUCCGCGCUGGAUUACUUACACGAAGGAUAUGAACAAGUUGUGAUUCACAGAGAUGUGAAGGCCAGCAACGUGCUGCUUGAUAAUGAGCUAAAUGGAAGGUUAGGAGAUUUCGGGCUCGCGAGGCUACACGAACACGGCUCGGUUUCAAGCACUACGACUAGGGUUGUGGGGACUUUGGGAUAUUUAGCGCCAGAGAUGCCGCGGACGGGGAAGGCAAGCACCGGCUCGGAUGUCUACGCAUUUGGCGCGCUUUUGCUGGAGGUGGCUUGCGGGAGGAGGCCAAUUGAGCCGAAAGCGGCAGCGGAGGAGCUGGUGUUGGUGGAUUGGGUCUGGGAGAUGUACGAAGAGGGAAAGUUACUUGAGGUGGUAGAUGAAAGGCUCCAUGGGGAGUUCUGCGAGGAGGAGGUGGUGAUGGUGUUGAAAUUAGGGCUGAUGUGUUCGAAUCAUGGGCCGUCGGAUCGGCCUAACAUGAGGAUGGUGGUUAGGUAUUUGGAUGGGGAAGUUGAGAUUCCGAAGGACUUGAGGGCCCCACGUAGAAGGAACGGUGGUGAUCAUGAUCACGAAGCUGCGUUUGGUGACAUACUCAAGUCUUUUGCUUCGUCGUCUUCGUCUGAUAAGAUGAGCUUGUGUUCUAAUAGGGAUAUGGAUGCUAGUUUCACUUCGAUUUAUACUUCUCCACUCUGUCUUCAACAAGGGGAAACCAGAUAGCCUAUAGAUUUUUUUUUUAAUUUUCAUUUUAUUUUGGUGGAAAUUUGUUAUAUGAAAUAUUGUUGACGAAUGUUUGACAAGAACAAGAAAUACGUGCAAAAUGCAAAUUAUUCACCAACCCAAA